AUGGCACACAUCACUUUUGAUUUUUCACUAUUACAAACCUUGCUAGGCAAGGUCGUGGUCCUGACCGGGGGUGCUACAGGUAUUGGCCGAUCGUGCGUCCAGCAAUUCUGCAACCAUGGCGCAAAAGUGGUAUUCGGGGACGUCUCGGAGGCGCCUUCUCUAGAGCUACAAGCCGAACUUGCUCCGAAUGCCCAUUUCGUGAAAUGCGACACCUCAAACUAUUCCGAUCAACUGGCUCUUUUCAGAACUGCCCACGAUCUAUAUGGGAAAAUUGAUGUCGUCGCUGCGAACGCGGGAAUCUCGAUCCCACAGAACAUUUUCGAUCCAGCCGCCGAUAUCACCCAGGAACCCUCCAUGAAAGAAGUAGACAUCAACCUAGUGGGGGCGCUUUUCAGCGCUCGUAUUGGAAUGCACUACUUGCGGAAGAACGGAGGGGGAGAUUUGGUGCUUACCAGCAGCAUCGCCGGCUUUAAGGAAUGUGGGGGCUUGCCGACCUACACGGCUAGCAAGCACGGGGUCAUUGGGAUCAUGCGGGGCCUCCACUUGACAGCAACUCCCGAAAACAUCAGGAUCAAUGUCGUAUGCCCGUGGAUGACGAGAACAAGGAUGGUCCUCGGAAUCGAGAAAGGAUGGUAUGAGCGGGGUCUCCCAGUCAAUGAGCCCGAGGAUGUGGCUCGCUCCAUUAUUAUUUGCGCCACUGCGAAUCGGGGGGAUGGAGGGAAGACCCAUCGUGGGGCUGCUCUUCCCUUUGCGGGGAAGAUAGUGUAUGUGGCGGGCGGGGAAAGCUAUGAGAUCGAAGACGGGAUCCAAAGACUGGAGCCAGUCUGGCUUGGCGAAGAGAAUAGCAAGGUGCUCGCGGCCGGUCAGGCAUACCUAGCGUCUGAGGGAACCAGUUGGGACGAGACUAAGAUGAAUUGA